AUGUCACCCGAGCAUCACCGCAACGCGCUCGCGGAGGAGAAGGGAGCAGCGAGCCCGGCUAGAAAUCGGAAGCGAUUCUGGUCCCCGUCGAUCCCGGGGCCGUCCCGCUCCGGGGCCCCCGGAGCCGGGGCUAACGCUGAGCUCCUCUUUGCAGGUUUGCGGUGCACGCAGCUUGCCGAGUCCUGCCUCAACGGCGGCAAGUGCGAAACUUUCCUCAACGGGACGGAGGUGUGCCAGUGUCCCAGCGCCCACGUGGGCGAGCGGUGCCAGCUGCCCAACCCGUGCGCCAGCUCCCCGUGCAAGAACGCGGGCACGUGCACGGCCGUGGUGCGCGGCGGCACCGUGGACUACACGUGCGCCUGCCGCGUGGGCUUCUCCGACGAGCUCUGCCUGACGCCCCGCGAGAACGCCUGCCUCAGCAGCCCCUGCCGCAACGGCGGGCCCUGUGAUCUCGAAGGUCUUUUGCAACCAUAAUGAGUCUGUGAUCCUUGCUCUGCUCCUCCUCGCUCCGCAGGUAAAACGUGCCAGCAGGCCGACCCGUGCGCCUCCAACCCCUGCGCCAACGGCGGGCAGUGCGUGCCCUUCGAGGCCCACUACGUGUGCCGCUGCACGGCCGGCUUCCACGGCGCCAACUGCAAGCAGGACGUCAACGAGUGCAACCUCUCGCCCGCCGUGUGCAAGAACGGCGGCAGGUUUUUUUUCUACCAGUGCUCCUGCAAGCCGGCCUACACCGGGCAGAACUGCGAGCACCUCUACGUGCCCUGCAACCCGUCGCCCUGCCAGAACGGGGGCACCUGCCGCCAGACCGGUGACACCACCUACGACUGCACGUGUCUGCCAGAGUGGAAUAAUUAUCCAGGAAUGGCUAUUUUGGUGUUGGCUUCCGAGUGCGAGCGGAGUUGGGAGAGACCCUCGCCGCGCUCGCUGGGGCAGCGCAGGAAGGCGCCCGGCGGCUGGAAGCGCACGCGGGGAACGCACGGAAUAUCCCCGGGAUAUCCCUGCGAGCCGGCCGGGAGAAAAGAGCCUGUGAAAACAUCCCCUUCUGCCGCGGGGCUGGGGUUUGCAGUGCGGUUGGGGCAGGGGGAUGACCUGGCCGGUGGGGGCACGUGUGGGGACGCCGUCAACACCUACAACUGCCAGUGCCCACCCGAGUGGACAGGCCAGUACUGCACCGAGGACGUGGAUGAGUGCCAGCUCAUGCCCAACGCCUGCCAGAACGGGGGCACCUGCCACAACAACCAUGGCGGCUACAACUGCGUCUGCGUCAACGGCUGGACGGGCGAGGACUGCAGCGAGAACAUCGAUGACUGCGCCAUGGCCGCCUGCUUCCAGGGGGCCACCUGCCACGACCGGGUGGCCUCCUUCUACUGCGAGUGCCCCCACGGCCGCACAGGUUUGCUGUGCCACCUCGACGACGCCUGCAUCAGCAACCCCUGCAACGAGGGCUCCAACUGCGACACCAACCCCGUCAACGGCAAGGCCAUCUGCACCUGCCCUUCGGGCUACAUGGGGCCGGCCUGCAACCAGGACGUGGACGAGUGCUCGCUGGGAGCCAACCCUUGCGAGCACGCGGGGAAAUGCAUCAAUACGCAGGGGUCCUUCCAGUGCCAGUGCCUGCAGGGCUACUCGGGGCCCCGCUGCGAGAUAGAUGUCAACGAGUGCCUCUCCAACCCCUGCCAGAACGAUGCCACCUGCCUGGACCAAAUCGGGGAGUUCCAGUGCAUCUGCAUGCCCGGCUACGAGGGCGUCUACUGCGAGAUCAACACGGACGAGUGCGCCAGCAGCCCCUGCCUGCACAACGGCGUCUGCGUCGACAAGAUCAACGAGUUCCACUGCGAGUGCCCCACAGGUACGAACAACGCCUACCACUGCCUCUGCCUCAAGGGCACCACCGGGCCCAACUGCGAAAUCAACCUGGACGACUGCGCCAGCAACCCCUGCGACUACGGCAAGUGCAUCGACCGGAUCAACGGCUACGAGUGCACCUGCGAGCCGGGCUACGCAGGGCGGAUGUGCAACGUCAACAUCGACGAGUGCUCCAGCAACCCUUGCCACAACGGGGGCACGUGCAAGGAUGGCAUCAACGGCUUCACCUGCCUCUGCCCUGAGGGCUUCCAUGACCCCAAGUGCCUGUCGGAAGUGAACGAGUGCAACAGCAACCCCUGCAUCCACGGGCGAUGCCACGACGGCCUCAACGGCUACAGGUGUGAUUGCGACCCAGGAUGGAGUGGGCCCAACUGUGACAUUAACAACGAUGAGUGUGAAUCCAAUCCCUGCAUGAAUGGUGGCACCUGCAAGGACAUGACCAGCGGCUACAUCUGUACCUGCAGGGAAGGGUUCAGCGGACCCAACUGCCAGACCAAUAUCAACGAAUGCGCUUCCAACCCGUGCCUGAACCAGGGGACAUGCAUUGACGACGUCGCUGGCUACAAGUGCAACUGCCUCCUGCCCUACACAGGAGCCACGUGUGAGGAUGUGCUGGCCCCUUGUGCCAAUGGCCCCUGCAAGAACGGCGGCGAAUGCCGGGAGUCGGAGGACUACGAGAGCUUCUCCUGCAUUUGCCCAUCCGGCUGGCAAGGUCAGACGUGUGAGAUCGACAUCAACGAGUGCGUGAAGAGCCCCUGCCGUAACGGCGCCACGUGCCAGAACACCAACGGGAGCUACCGCUGCCUGUGCAAGGCAGGCUUCACCGGCCGCAACUGCGACACCGACAUCGAUGACUGCAAGCCAAAUCCGUGCCACAACGGUGGCUCCUGCUCCGAUGGAGUUGGCACCUUCUUCUGUGAGUGCCUGGCUGGUUUCCGUGGGCCCAAGUGUGAGGAGGACAUCAACGAGUGUGCCAGCAAUCCCUGCAAGAACGGUGCCAACUGCACCGACUGUGUCAACAGCUACACUUGCACUUGCCCCUCUGGCUUCAGCGGGAUCCACUGUGAGAACAACACACCCGACUGCACGGAGAGCUCCUGCUUCAACGGAGGGACCUGCGUGGAUGGCAUCAACACCUUCACCUGCAUGUGCCCACCUGGCUUCACGGGCAGCUACUGCGAGCACGACAUCAACGAGUGCGACUCAAAGCCCUGCCUGAACGGGGGCACUUGUCAGGACAGCUACGGGACAUACAAGUGCACUUGUCCCCAAGGCUACACCGGCCUCAACUGCCAGAACCUGGUGCGCUGGUGUGACUCCUCUCCCUGCAAAAAUGGGGGCAAGUGCUGGCAGACCAACAACCUGUACCGCUGCGAGUGCAACAGCGGGUGGACGGGGCUCUACUGCGACGUGCCCAGUGUCUCCUGCGAGGUGGCUGCCAAGCAGCAAGGGGUCGACGUCGCCCAUCUCUGCAGGAACUCGGGGCUCUGCGUGGACACCGGCAACACUCACUUCUGCCGCUGCCAAGCCGGCUACACCGGCAGCUACUGCGAGGAGCAGGUGGACGAGUGCUCCCCUAACCCCUGCCAAAACGGAGCCACCUGCACAGACUACCUGGGCGGCUAUUCCUGCGAGUGUGUGGCUGGUUAUCAUGGAGUUAACUGCUCAGAAGAGAUCAAUGAAUGCUUGUCCCACCCGUGCCAGAACGGAGGAACCUGCAUCGAUCUCAUCAAUACCUACAAAUGCUCCUGCCCUAGAGGAACUCAAGGGGUGCACUGUGAGAUCAAUGUGGAUGACUGCAGCCCUUUCUUUGAUCCUGUCACCCUGGGGCCCAAGUGCUUUAACAAUGGCAAGUGCACGGAUCGGGUAGGUGGCUACAGCUGCAUCUGCCCCCCUGGCUUUGUAGGGGAGCGCUGCGAGGGAGACGUCAACGAGUGCCUGUCCAACCCCUGUGACGCGCGCGGCACCCAGAACUGCGUGCAGCGGGUCAAUGACUACAAAUGCGAGUGCCGGCCGGGCUACACAGGACGCCGCUGCGACACGGUGGUGGAUGGCUGUAAGGGCAAACCGUGCCGGAACGGCGGCACUUGUGCUGUUGCCAGCAAUACCGGCCGUGGCUUCAUCUGUAAAUGCCCCCUGGGUUUUGUUGGUGCCACUUGCGAGAAUGACUCCCGCACGUGCGGGAACUUGCACUGCCUGAACGGAGGCACCUGCAUCUCCAUCCACAAGAGCUCCAAGUGCAUGUGUGCACCGGCCUUCACGGGCCCCGAGUGCCAGUACCCGGCCAGCAGCCCCUGCAACUCCAACCCCUGCUACAACGGGGGCACCUGCGAGUUCUUCAGCGACGCUUCCCCCUACUACCGCUGCAACUGCCCUGCCAACUUCAACGGCCUCAACUGCCACAUCCUUGACUUCGAUUUCCAAGGUGGCAUCGGGCAGGAUAUCAUCCCGCCCAAAAUCGAGGAGAAGUGCGAGAUCGCGGUUUGCGCAGGGUACGCGGGCAACAAGAUCUGCGACGGGAAAUGCAACAACCACGCGUGUGGCUGGGACGGAGGGGACUGCUCCCUCAAUUUCAACGACCCCUGGAAGAACUGCUCCCAGUCCCUGCAGUGCUGGAAGUACUUCAACGACGGCAAGUGCGACUCGCAGUGCAACAACGCUGGCUGCCUCUACGAUGGCUUCGACUGCCAGAAGUACGAAGGGCAGUGCAACCCUCUGUACGAUCAGUACUGUAAAGACCACUUCUCCGAUGGUCACUGUGACCAGGGCUGCAAUAAUUUUGAGUGUGAAUGGGAUGGUCUGGACUGUGCAAACAAUAUGCCGGAGAAGCUGGCGGAUGGCACCCUGGUCGUGGUGGUGCUGAUCACUCCGGAGAACCUGAAGAACAAUUCCUUCAAUUUUCUGCGGGAGCUGAGCCGCGUGCUGCACACCAACGUGGUCUUCAAGAAGAACCCCAAGGGGGAGUAUAUGAUCUUUCCAUACUAUGGCAAUGAGGAAGAGCUGAAAAAACAUUACAUAAAGAGGUCCACGGAGGACUGGUCAGAUAUGUCUAGUGCUGUCAUCAACAAAGUGAAGAGCAGCCUCUACUCCAGAGCUGGCAGGAGGCAGAAGAGAGAGCUGGAUCAGAUGGACAUCAGAGGAUCCAUCGUUUACUUGGAAAUUGAUAACCGCCAAUGCAUCCAGUCCUCUUCCCAGUGCUUCCAGAGUGCGACCGAUGUGGCAGCUUUCCUGGGUGCCUUGGCCUCCCUCGGCAACCUGAACAUCCCCUAUAAAAUAGAAGCUGUUAAAAGUGAGACCGCGGAGCCCACGAGGAGCUCGCAGCUGUAUCCUAUGUACGUGGCGCUGGCGGCGCUGGUCCUGCUGGCCUUCAUCAGCGUCGGGGUGCUGGUGUCCCGCAAGCGCCGCAGGGAGCAUGGGCAGCUCUGGUUCCCCGAAGGCUUCAAAGUGACCGAGUCGAGCAAGAAGAAGCGGCGAGAACCGCUCGGGGAGGAUUCUGUUGGACUCAAACCCCUCAAAAAUGCUUCAGAUGGCACAUUGAUGGAUGACAACCAAAAUGAAUGGGGUGAUGAGGAGACCUUGGACACCAAGAAGUUCAGGUUUGAGGAGCAGGCGAUGCUCCCCGACACGGAUGAUCAGACAGAUCACAGGCAGUGGACUCAGCAGCACCUGGACGCCGCCGACCUUCGCAUAUCCUCUAUGGCACCUACUCCACCGCAGGGCGAAAUCGAUGCAGACUGCAUGGAUGUCAACGUCAGGGGUCCCGAUGGCUUCACCCCGCUCAUGAUCGCCUCGUGCAGCGGCGGAGGGCUGGAGACGGGCAACAGCGAAGAGGAGGACGAUGCCCCCGCGGUCAUCUCCGACUUCAUCUACCAGGGCGCCAGCCUGCACAACCAGACGGACCGCACGGGCGAGACGGCGCUGCACCUGGCCGCCCGCUACUCCCGCUCCGACGCGGCCAAGCGCCUGCUGGAGGCCAGCGCCGACGCCAACAUCCAGGACAACAUGGGCAGGACGCCCCUGCACGCGGCGGUCUCUGCCGAUGCCCAGGGAGUCUUCCAGAUCCUGAUUAGAAACAGAGCAACCGAUCUGGACGCCCGAAUGCACGAUGGCACCACCCCCCUCAUCCUGGCUGCUCGCUUGGCCGUGGAGGGCAUGCUGGAGGACCUCAUCAACUGCCACGCGGAUGUCAACGCCGUGGACGAUCUCGGCAAGUCAGCCCUGCACUGGGCAGCUGCUGUGAAUAACGUUGAAGCUGCCGUGGUCCUCCUGAAGAAUGGUGCCAAUAAGGAUAUGCAGAACAAUAAGGAGGAGACCCCGCUGUUCCUCGCAGCCAGAGAGGGGAGUUACGAAACGGCCAAAAUCCUCCUGGACCACUUUGCAAACCGCGACAUCACGGACCACAUGGACCGGCUGCCGCGGGACAUCGCCCAGGAGCGCAUGCACCACGACAUCGUGCGCCUGCUGGACGAGUACAACCUGGUGCGGAGCCCGCCGCUGCACGCCGGCCCGCUGGGCGCCCCCACGCUGUCCCCGCCGCUCUGCUCGCCCAACAGCUACAUCGGCAACCUCAAACCCGCCGGCCAGGGCAAGAAGGCCAGGAAGCCGAGCACCAAGGGCCUGAGCUGCAACGGCAAGGAUUCCAAAGACCUCAAAGCCCGCAGGAAAAAGUCCCAGGAUGGAAAAGGAUGCCUGCUCGACAACUCCAGCGUGUUGUCGCCGGUAGACUCCCUGGAGUCGCCCCACGGGUACCUGUCGGAUGUUGCCUCUCCUCCGCUGAUGACCUCCCCGUUUCAGCAGUCCCCUUCCAUGCCUCUGAAUCACCUGCCGGGCAUGCCGGAUGCCCACAUGAGCAUCAACCACCUCAACAUGGCCGGGAAGCAGGAGAUGGCCAUGGGCAUGCUGCCCACGUCGCUGCCGUCCUCGCUGGCGCAGCCCAUGACCACGACGCAGUUCCUGACGCCCCCCUCGCAGCACAGCUAUUCCUCCCCCUUGGACAACACUCCCAGCCACCAGCUCCAGGUGCCCGACCACCCUUUCCUCACGCCGUCGCCGGAGUCGCCCGACCAGUGGUCGAGCUCCUCGCCUCAUUCCAACGUGUCCGACUGGUCCGAGGGCAUCUCCAGCCCUCCCACGAGUAUGCAGUCACAGAUGGGCCACAUCCCCGAAGCCUUCAAGUGAGACACGGGCUCCAGAGACGCUGCUGCUCGGCGGGAGCCAGAACCUCGAGGGAGCUCUUCUUAAAAGAACACUGGAUGCUUUUAUUAAAGGAUCCUUUUAAAAUAUGUUUUUAUACAAAAA